AUUCAAUGACGCCAUCGUGUGUCUAAACAUAUAUAAACGAAAAUAUAUCGCAUCGAGCAGUUAUAGUCCUGUCGAGUACAAUGAAAGCUGCUCUGUUGCUUGUUGCUGCACUGGUAGCAGUGGUGGAGGUCUAUGGACAACCAGAAGGGACGACCACCGUCAGCAUCGGGAAUGAGGAACUAAGCACCGGCAAUAUCACGACUGAGAAUAGAUUUCUGGGAAGGUCGUCCUACACGGAAGAUGACGAUGAUACCAUUUGUGUCGCAGCAGACAACAAGUUCUACUUGUAUGCUAAUUCCCUGAAGCUGUAUUCUUGCUACAACCAGCUACCGAAAGUUUACGUGGUGAAACCAAAGAGUCAGUGUAAACCAUACCUGUCAGAUUGUCCCAGGAACUAGGAGUAUUGCCAGUCCGUUGCCUCAGCUUGAAUCGUCUGCGAGGGAGUGGAGACUAAAUGGCUGACCUGCUGACUGAAGACAUCUGCUGUUUCCAGAGAAGCCAAGAAACUGCAAGAGUGUCAGAACUUGACAAAUUUAUUUAAACAUAAACAAUGGAAUCUACACAUCCUAUUCUGUGUCAGUUUCUGAUUAUUUCACGACAUGCAGUAAAUUUCAUUUCUGUAAAGAUCAGUAUUAAAAACAUUGCAUUUGUAUUCUUUUUAUCUUUCUGUUGUUUCUGUAAUAGUUGUAUGCUGACGCAAUAAAAGUGUAGUUUCAUGA